UUGGGGACGACCUGUGAAGCCUUUCUUGCUUGACUGACCUGUGCGCCAUGACGGAUUUUCUAGGACGAUUGCGGAGCCUGCUUUUCCUGCCCAGCACCGUCGCCAUCAUGUGCAGGUCCGACGAGAUGGGUCCAUGGUGGAAUGCGUGGCUCGCGAGCGCGACCGAGCCGGAGGGACCGGGCAUUCAGCAUGUGGCACUGACGGACCGCAGCCGCUGCCCCAUGAUCUCGUUCAUCAGGCAGAUCCGACAGGGCCAUCCCACUUUUCGGGUCUUGGACAUUGGCGCGGUGGGCAACCCUUGGAGCAUCCACAGCGGCGUGGUGGAUGCCAUCUUCGACUACCAGGCCACCAACUAUCCGCCCUGCUUCUCGACUGCGGAACUGCACACGCGCGGGAGAAGGUGUUGUUCGUCCAAAGAUGACGACUGCUUUGACAGCCUCUACACCCGUGAGCGAUGCUGUCGUGGAGAGGAGCCGGUGUUUGUUGCGAUGAUCGACGGAGAUGUCACUGAUGCGCUUGGUGAGGGCUGGGCGAAGCUUAUGGCUUUCGUGGACACGGUGGGGAAGUUCGACUUGGUCCUGACCUCGCAUCUCUUGGAAGAUGUCACCGAUCCUUCCGUGGUGGUGCGGCUGCUUCCUCGCGUGGCCACGGCCGGUUUGGUCAUGGUCCCGUCCAAGUAUGACGAGUUCGCGCGGGUCGACAUGGACUUGAACAGUUUGUCGGGUCUGUCUCGGAGAUACCGAGGGUCGCUGCAUCACCGCUGGAUUUUCACGGUGAAGGACAGCGAGUUGCUGGCAGUGCCGAAGCUGCCAUACCUGGAGCACGAUGAAAGCUUCUCCGGCUUGGAGGUACAUGCGUCCAACAAGUCAUUGGUUGAUAUGGCCCUUCUGUGGCGAAGCAAGCUACCGAUGAGGAUCAUCAAUAACGGUUACCUGGGCCCUUCUAUAGAAUUUGUUAUUCAGAUGAUUCGGAAUGCACUCAUCAAUGAUGAAAUAGAUCGAUUGAGAACCGCCAUGCAAUAAAA